GGCUUAAAUAGGAAACCAGUCCGUCUGCCUGCUGGAGUCGAUGCGGAGGAAGCAAGAUGGCGUCCACGAGCCGCUUGGACGUUCUGCCUAGAGUGACAUGUCCAAACCACCCAGAUUCCACUUUAGUAGAAGAUUAUAGAGCUGGAGACAUGAUUUGUCCAGAAUGUGGACUCGUCGUAGGUGACAGAGUAAUAGAUGUGGGGUCAGAAUGGCGAACAUUCAGCAAUGACAAAGCAACUAAAGACCCAUCUCGAGUUGGAGAUACCCAGAAUCCUCUCCUUAGUGAUGGAGAUUUGACUACAAUGAUUGGCAAGGGGACAGGCGCGGCCAGCUUUGAUGAAUUUGGGAAUUCAAAGUAUCAAAAUCGUCGCACCAUGAGCAGUUUUGACCGUGCAAUGAUGAACGCCUUCAAGGAAAUCGCUAGCAUGGCUGACAGGAUCAACCUGCCCCGCAAUAUAGUGGAUCGAACAAAUAAUUUAUUUAAGCAAGUGUAUGAGCAGAAGAGCCUGAAGGGGAGAAGUAACGAUGCCAUUGCAUCAGCUUGUCUCUACAUUGCUUGCAGACAAGAGGGAGUUCCUAGGACAUUUAAAGAAAUAUGUGCUGUUUCCAGAAUUUCCAAAAAAGAAAUAGGCCGGUGUUUCAAACUCAUCUUGAAAGCUUUAGAAACAAGUGUGGAUUUGAUCACUACUGGAGAUUUCAUGUCCAGAUUUUGUUCAAACUUGGGUCUCCCUAAGCAAGUCCAGAUGGCCGCAACACACAUUGCGCGUAAAGCUGUGGAAUUAGAUUUAGUUCCUGGAAGGAGUCCUAUCUCGGUGGCAGCUGCUGCUAUUUAUAUGGCUUCACAAGCCUCGGCUGAAAAGAGAACACAGAAAGAAAUUGGAGACAUUGCCGGUGUAGCUGAUGUUACAAUAAGACAGUCAUAUAGGCUGAUUUAUCCACGUGCUCCAGACCUUUUCCCAGCAGAUUUCAGAUUUGACACACCAGUGGACAAACUGCCCCAGCUGUGAAACUUCAAAGACCCUGCAAAAUAAUUUUUGACUUAGAAAAGCACUAAGCAUAUAAAAGCAGUCCUGUCAAGCCUUCAAUUGCAGGACUGGUGAAAAGAGAUGGAAAAGCUGAUCGGAUGAAGUGGAGCACACAUUCCAGAUGUAAACAAAAUAAUUUUGUGGCAUUUUUAUGUAUAUAUUAGUGAAUGUAAGUAUUUAACAACCAUUGCAGCAAAUUUAAUUUUCUAUUCUGUGUAUUUAGAUUUCUUUCAUAGAGAUCUGGUAAAACGUAUUUUGGAAAAUAUUUCAAAUCAGAAUAAACUGUUUUCCAAAAACAGUACUGACCUACAAGUUUCACUGUAUGUAACUUUGUUCUAAAUAAAUAUCCAAGUGGAAAAUGUAAUCUUUAAAAUUUGUUCAGUUUUCCUAAUUAGAUGCUGUACAUGGAUUUUACAUUGUUUCUUGAUAACUCUUAAGUUAAUUAUAAUGGGAAGUUUUAAUUCAGAGAAAAUAUAGUUCGUAUGAUAAUAAAAAUACUUGCAGAAAAUUUUCUAUUCACCUUAGGAAAAGAUUAACAAUGUCAAGUUUACACUGUGGUUCAUUCUAUUUAAAGUCCCAUAAAUC